CCGUAACUUCCACUUGUCAACAACGGGUGCAGACUAGUGCGACUGUAUCUAAACUGCGGUUACACAAAUACCGUCGCGACAUACCUGAGUGAGGAGCACAGACAGCGAUGAUCAAGAAUUAAUGGCCCAUUUGGAGUGACCGAUUCAUCCAUGUGCAUUAUUUUUUUUAAGUUUGAUCCCCGCCCCGCAUCAAAAAAUGCCUACAGGUUAAUCUUGGCGGCCAACCGGGAUGAGCUCUACACCAGACCGGCCAAGGCUGCUGACUUCUGGGCCUCCAACACUGACAUCCUCAGUGGUCUGGACUUGGAGUGUGGGAAGGAAGGAGGGUCAUGGCUGGGCAUCAGCAAGAAGGGGAAGCUGGCAGCCAUUACAAACUACAUGGAAAGUGUCAACAACCCAGAUGCACACGGAAGAGGUUUCCUGGUGACCAACUACCUGGUGGACAAGGAUCUGGACAGCUUCUCCUACCUGAAGAAAGUUUCUUCAGAGGCCCACAUGUAUAACGGCUUUAACCUCAUCACUGCAGAGUUCAAAGCCAAACAGGGUUCCAUGUGUUACUAUGGCAACAGGGGCAGCAGCGAACCUAUUCAGCUGAAACCUGCAGGAAUCUACAGUCUGAGUAACUCCCUGCUGGACUCUCCGUGGAAGAAGAUGAAUCGUGGGAAACGAGACUUCACCAGCGUCGUCAAUAACGAGUCGUUGUCCAAGGAGGGACUGGUGCAAGAGCUGCUGACUGUGCUCAACAAUGAAGAGCUAAACACACCUGACCCUGUUCAGGAAAGCCAGGGUGACGGGUACAGCCCGUCCUUUGUCAAAGCACUGUCAGCUAUUUGCGUCCGCUCGCCCACAUACGGCACCAGAACAAAUACAGUCAUCCUGAUCGAUGCUGAUGGAAACGUGAACUUCACUGAGCGAACCAUGGUCACCACGGACACGAGUGAUUGGAUCACCAAUUCUUUCCAGUUCAAGCUUGAUGUAUAAAGACAAGGGAAAACCGCCUUAAGUGCCUUCGUAGCGUCCUAUUUCCUCGGAUCCUCUCGCCACUGCAGAAACUCAGAGGACGAUAAGUCACCAUCUUCUCUGCUGUCGCGUUGUUCUUCACCUUCACGAGUUAACAAGCAUCUUCCCAAGGUGUGCAACUUUAAAUCACCGCCAAAGAUUAUUUAAUUUUUUUUAUACUCAUUAAGACUGCAGGGUUUAUGCUGUGCUGAUUUGGGCUUUGAUCCAGGUAUAUUCUGUUCUAUUUUCGUCAAUCAUUUGAGAUAUAAUCUUGGCAAGAUUUGCAGCUUGGAGAUUUUUACUGUUUUGUUUUUCAUCAUGAUCUGAAAAUGGAUGGAUUUUAAUUUAUGUGUAUGUUGUUCAAAGUCAUUCUUCAGCUGCUUCACAGUAAAAUCAAUGAGCCACUCAA